UUAUGAUCAUUUAAAAAGCAUUUUACAAAACAAACAAUAACAAUAAAUUAUCCAACACAUUGGCAGAUAUAUAUGAGUAUGUGCUUACCAAUUUAAAAUUGUGGCGGGGAUAAUUAACACAAAAUCGCUCCCUCCUCACGGCGGAAAGCUCGGCUACGACUGGCUCGGACGUUUCCAAGGUAGGUAACUGACAGUUGAUAACGGCGGCUUAUCAAAACCUGAGCAUAUUAAAAUAACUUAAGAAAUAUUUUCUAUGAGUGCCAUUAAUAGACAAUUUGGGUAAAAUAAUUCACCAAUGAACGCUUACCAGAGAUUAAGUUUAUUAUUAACAGUGACUAUUAUUAUUAUCUAGUGAUAACACACGAUUGCAAGAAUCUUCUAAUUAACUUUUAAUCGCUUUAUUACCCUGCGUUCUUCCAACCUAUGAACUUGGACGAUUACACAAUCGUACGUAUAUGAUGAUUCGUUUGGAACCGAGUGCAAUCUAAUUAAUGUGUUGACCGAGUUGAAACGUGUUUCGUUAUUUGUUGUGAUUUUCCUUUAGUUCGAAGUAAGCAUUCGAGCUAUAUAAGUGUAUAACUAUCGUGUGUUGACCUGAUCUUGUAGCUAUCUCUAGCAUGGUGAUUUGUAGUGGCAUCCAAGCGUGGCAGAACCAAAAGAAUGCUUUUCACAAUAGCAGCCUUAACGCAACCAGGGCGGCUGAGGCGUCGCCCGCUUGCGGAAUGCACCGCGGACUAUUCAGCGGCCCGGCUGUCGGUCGUGCGCAACCCCUAACGUCUGUACCAGGACAGGCAACAAGUGGGUCGGUGGCGAAAAUCGCGGGUCUGUAUGACCUCGAAGACACUCUAGGUAGCGGUCAUUUCGCAGUCGUCAAAUCUGCUAGGCAUGUCUUCACAGGCGAAAGAGUCGCUGUGAAGGUUAUUGAUAAGACGAAGUUAGAUGAAGUUUCCAGAGCUCAUCUGUUUCAAGAGGUGCGAUGCAUGAAAUUAGUGCAACAUCCCAAUGUGGUUCGAUUAUAUGAAGUGAUUGACACUCAGACCAAACUCUACCUGAUUCUUGAGUUGGGAGAUGGAGGUGAUCUGUAUGAUUUGAUUAUGAGACAUGACCGUGGCCUGGACGAGCCACGGGCUAAGGAAUACUUUCGUCAGAUAGUUCGAGCGAUUAGCUAUUGCCACAGGCUUCACGUCGUUCACAGGGAUUUGAAACCAGAGAAUGUGGUAUUCUUUUCAAAACUCGGUAUAGUGAAACUGACCGACUUCGGUUUCAGCAACCGCUAUUGUCCUGGACAAAAGUUGCAAACUUCUUGCGGUUCUCUUGCCUAUUCAGCGCCUGAAAUUUUACUUGGCGACUCCUACGAUGCCCCAGCAGUUGACGUCUGGUCUCUGGGGGUCAUUUUGUAUAUGUUGGUAUGCGGCCAAGCACCAUUCCAAGAAGCUAACGACAGUGAAACUCUCACCAUGAUAAUGGACUGCAAAUACCAAGUUCCAGCUCAUGUUUCCGCAGGAUGCAGAAGAUUAAUAGCUUCUAUGUUGGUGCGUGAGCCAGAACGACGUGCUACUUUACAGCAAAUUGCAACAGACUCUUGGCUUGUAGAGGGCGAAGGUCCACAAAUAGCGACAGAUUGCCUCCCAUUGGUUUCACGCCAUCAGGUUUCAGAAGUGGAUCAUAACCAUAUUGUACAAAAAAUGAUCAAUGGAAAUAUAGCGACGAAGGAUGAAAUUUUAGAGGCGUUGGACAAAAAUGAAUACAACCAUAUAACUGCCACCUAUUUUCUUCUUGCUGAGCGUCGAUUGCGGGCGCAGCGUCAACAGCAAGAAGCAGUUAGUGCAGGAAACACAGCUAAUAGGAAGCGGCCUGUACCAGCUUCUCUUCCUGGAGUCCCCGGAAAAAAUCCCGGAACGGAUACACGAAACACUGAUAACGGAACUGGACUAAAUAACUCAUCAUGUCUUCUUCUGCCUCCUGGGGCGAUGCCUUUGCAGAGCUCAUUAUUGGCGCCGCGUACUCCGGGAGAUGGACCAGGAAGGUCCAGAAAAUGCAGCAUAGUACAGGAGGCAGACGAAGAUGACAUGCCGACAGUAGGUCGUCCUGGCGAAGAUUUAUCAGUUGGUUCUGGUGCUGGACAUUGUCUGCUAUCGCGGCGAGGAUCUCGAUCAGAAGGACGACUUAAUCUUAUUCUGCAAGAGCGAAUGUGCUCAGCAAACACUACAGUGAACAAAGUAUCUCCGAAAGUUACAAUAAAUGUUAAAAACUCACCGAAGACCAAUGGAACAACGCCAAAAUCGGCUGCUGUAAAAGUAGACAAUAAAUGCAAUAAUGAUGACAAAUGGUCUCAGAAUAAUACAAUAGAAACGACAAUCCUAGUAGAUUCUAGAACAGUGAAUCUACCUUUACAAAUUAAUCGUGAUAGCGUACACGAGACGAAUUCUGAAGAUUCUGCUGCAAAUUCCUUCAAUACACAACCAAAGUACAAAACGAUGCCAGCUUCUGCAAGUCUUGGUACUGGUAUUAUGCUGAACGAUAUACCGGAAAAACAAAUGGGUGAUGAUGAGAACGUCGCUCCCAGAAUUAAUGACAUUAAUGAUUUAACGAGGCGAUCAGCGGAACCGGAAUCUCCUAGGCAUUUUCAGACGCAGAUGAAUGAAAGGUUGAAACAACUGGAGCAAAAAUCACAGCAAUUAUUAGAACAUAGGUCAAAUAUGCAAAAAACAUCAGAAGAAUACAUGGUGUCGGAGGUAUUUGAGGAAACGACUCAACAGCAGUAUUCUUCAAACACUAACACACCAAAGAAGGAAAAUAGUUGCGAAAUUAGUCCUUUGCGGAAUUCUUGUGAUCUUGACAAGCAACAACCUGCAGUUCUGGGAGGUGGUGGUACGGUUUUUCCUCAAAGACGUGCAAGGUUCCACGCCAAAGGCCGGGCUCCUUCUUGUAGUUCAUCAGAUGCAUCUGAUGAUGAUUCGGAAGGUAGAAAAAAGAGACGAGCGCAUAGAAUUGCAGCGAGCGGCAAUGGAAAACCUUUACCUGGUCGAAGGGAUUCAUAUGAUGAUUCUAGUGACUCACAGGAUCCCAGUUGUGCUUGCGGAGACAAUAAUCGCAAUGGACAAACCACUGUGACAAAUGGUGGUCCAGUUAACAGUAACAGUGGCGGCGGAAGUGGCGGCCAAACAUCAAAUAAUAGUUCAUCAGGAAAUGGUGGAAAACAAUGCGGAGGACGUCGGCAUAGAUCACCAGGAAAUACCAAUAGUGGUUCACACUCAGGAAGGCGACGCAGCAGCGUUGAGACCCGUUUAAGGGAAAGCCAAUCAUUAAACAGGAUAACAGAAGUGCAAGAACCUGCUCCAGCCGUCCACAGUAUUAUUAUAUCUACGACUUUAACAGCUCAGAAAAUUGAAAAUAGCCAUAAUAAUAAAACAAAAGGUUUUGGAGCAAGGCUUUUGCAAGGCUUAUCUGGAAGGCGUUUAGUAUCAAAUUCUGAAGAUGGGUCCACAAACAACAAAGUUGUGUCAGUAAUGGAAAACAAUAAAGAAAAUUAUACGUCCAACGGAAAAAAGUUGCGGGUUCUGGGAAAAUAUUUCCAGGUUCAUCGUAAACUCUGCAUACCUCUACCUGGUCUAUUUCAACGCGGCCGCAUCUAUAAAGCGCAAUCUUGUGGUUCCUUGGAACCUCCUACUCCUGGAACCAUAAAUACAUCUAAAAAAGGUCCGUUGGCAGAUUAUAAUACACAACUUAACGGCGCUUUGGUGCCAUUGGUAUGCAGCGUGCAUCUGGUCGAUAUUAACGAAUGCUGUAGGAUGUGUUAAAUAUUUAUUAAUUUUUUAGUCAUCUCGAAACAUGAAUAUACUUAUUUUUAAAAGGUGACACGUUGACAAAUAAUUUAGUAAAAUGUUUUAUCAGGUCGAUAUGGGAAUGAAUUCUUAUAUCGUUUGAUGUUUCCUGUAAGACAAGGCCAGUAUUUUUUGGAAUAUACCUAAUUCAUGCUAAAAGGCGACUUGUAAAACAGUACAAUUGAACAAUUAGCCUUUUCGAAAAAAUAUCUGCAAUAUAUAUGUUUUCUAUUUAUUGAUGAAGAGUUGUUUACUUGUUUGGGUUUACGAAUCAAUGAAAAACUCCAAUCUGUAACACAAAAAAUUCUAAAUUUCUUAGUUUUAUUGUAGUUAUACAUGAAUGAUCAUAUUAUUAAAUACUGGAAAUUACAAUAAAUUAUCUAAAUCCAUAUAAUAAUAAUA